AUGGAUGAGGAGAUGCAUGAGGAAGCUGUGGACUCCUCAGGAUGCCGUGACCAUGUCCACACGAAUCAGGAUGUGAAGAUGACGGAGGACAGUGGUGGGACUCGGAAAUGCGAGGAAGAGGAAGCAGACCGUGUGGAAGGGUUGGGCCUGUCUGGUGAGGAAGAUCCUCUUUGUCCGAGAUAUACUUUCUCGGCAGAAGAGCACAAGCAAGAUUGUGAAAAAUGGAAGAAGGCUCUGAUCACUAAGAUGCUGGGCAAGCGGAUCGAAUUCAAGUUUCUGUUGGCCAGACUUCAGAGGAUUUGGAAUCUGGUGAGUUCUUACGAAGCUAUUGAUCUUGACAAUGGUUUCCUGCUUUUGCGGUUCCAGGAUGAUGGUGACUACCGUCAUGUCCUUGAGGAAGGACCCUGGAUUGUCAAUGACCAUUAUGUGGUCGUCCAGAGAUGGAGGCCUCUCUUUGAUCCCUAUGACGAUAGUGUCAAGAAACUGGCGGUUUGGGUAAGAAUCCCAAGGUUACCAAUUGAGUUGUACACCAUUCGCCAUCUAUGGCGAAUUGGCAACAUAUUUGGUCGCACUUUGAAAGUGGACAGGAACUCUCUUAGGAAGAGUGAGCUGGGUGAUGAUGUUAUCACUGUACGAGCCAGAUUUGCUAGAAUCUGUGUCGAAGUAGAUUUGAGGAGGACCUUUUUGCCUAAAUUCUGGAUAGGCAGUAAGGUGUAUCAAGUGGGGUAUGAAGGCCUUCACCUAAUUUGUUUCAAAUGUGGUGUGUACGGUCACAGGAAGGACCAGUGUCUUGUGGCCCAGGUUCCUUGUGCUCAACAUGAUCUUGAGAUUCCUGUUCAGGAGGUUACUGAGGGUGUUGUACCUGAACCAAAGGUGAUCAAAGCAGAGGAAGCUUUUGGGGAUUUGAUAGUGAUUCAAAGACAACCUAAGAGCAAAAAAUUAAAGGCUAAGCCCCUCUCUUCUGGUAAGGGUGUCAUGGUGGAGCAGAAGCAGAACUCUGAGUUGGGAGAUCCUAGUCCCAAUGGGAUGGUCACCAAGAUUAGCCUGAAUGGAGAGGUGGUUGGGAUGGAGUCCAUGGAUUGUAUGGGGCAAACCCCUAUGGAGGUGGGCUGUUUGGCCAGUUCUGUGGUUGUUGAGGAGAACCUAGUGGCUGCCACCAAUGUUGUAGUGGCUUCUUCAAGUCCCCAGAAGAAAGGUAGAUCUCCUAAAAAGGAUACUAAGAAAUUUGUAGGGAAGGAGGGGAAGGACAGAGCUAAGACUGGAACUAAGUCCCAGAAGAAACAAGGAGUUGAGAAUGUCCCUCCUAUUUCUACUCCGGAUGGAUCAGCUAAAGGGCAAGCUAAGACCAAGUCUAGAAGUCUUGAAGUUCAUACUCCUGGUGGGGGCAUUGGUAAUACUAUUUCUAGGAAGGAUUUUAAUGGUGUUCUCUUCUCAGCUGUGUAUACUAAUUCUGGUUUGGUAGGGAUUAAGGCUGAGGUUAACUCCUCUGUCUUAGCUUGGAAUUGUAGGGGAGUGGGAAAAAGUAGUUUCCCUACUCUCAUCAAAGAUUUGAAAUUUAGAUUUAAAGUCAGUAUUUUGGCUUUGUUUGAGGUUAAAGUUGGGGGCUCUAGAGGGGAUGAGAUUAUUCGGAAGCUGGGGUUCCCCAACUUUUUUAGACAGGAUCCAGUUGGAUUUUCGGGAGGCAUUUGGUUGCUGUGGGAGGGUAAUUUGGUUGAUGUGGAAGUUUUAGAUUUCAAUCAUCAAUAUAUUCAUACCAGGGUGAUUCACUUGGAGUCCCUGAAUUCUGAGACUAUGACUUUUGCGUAUGGUAGUCCUAGGAGGUUGGAGAGAAAGUCCUUAUGGUCUGAUUUGGAGGCUUUUAGUGCUGGAAUUUCAGGUCCUUGGUUGAUCUUGGGUGAUUUUAAUGCUAUUCUCAAGGCUUCUAAGAAGACAGGGGGUAAGGAUCUUUGCUAUAAGAGUAUGGAAGAAUUUAAUCAAUGCCUUAUUGAUUGUGAAAUUAAUGAUCUGGGGCAUAAAGGCCCUGACUAUACUUGGAAAAGGGGUAGAUUACAUGAGAGGCUUGACAGAAUGUGUUCCAAUGAAGCCUAG